UCGUCAGUCUCUCUGUCUCUCUGCAGCAAGAAUGGCUUCAAACUUGUGGUCAGAGGAGCACUUGAACUGUCCAGUGUGUCUGGAGAUAUUGAAGGACCCAGUCACUACAGCAUGUGGACACAGUUACUGUAUGGGGUGUAUUAAGAACUGCUGGGAUCAGACUGAUCAUACAGGUGUCUACAGCUGCCCCCAGUGCAGAGAGACCUUUACCCCGAGGCCUGAUCUGUGCAGAAACAUCAUGCUGGCUGAAGUUGUGGAGGAAUUAAAGAAGACAGGACUCAAUCCUCCUCCUGCUCAAAGUUAUGCUGGACCUGGAGAUGUGCCGUGUGAUUUCUGCACUGGGAGAAAGUUCAAAGCUGUGAAAUCCUGUUUGACGUGCCUGGCCUCUUACUGUGAAACACACGUCAAGCCACACUAUGAGGGGGCUGCUUUCAAGAGGCACAAGCUGAUCAAUGCAAUUGGAAAUCUGGAGCAGAAGCUUUGUGCUGAACACCAGAAGGUUUUGGAGGUCUUCUGUAGAACCGAUCAGACGUGUAUUUGCAUGUUGUGUACACAAGAUGAACACAAGAGUCAUGAUACAGUCUCAGCUAAGAAAGAAAGGACUGGGAAACAGAAGCAGCUGGGAGAGACACAGACAGAAAUACAACAGAGAAUCCAGGAGAGACUGAAAGACGUGGAGGAGCUGAAACAGGCUGUGGAGUCAUUGAAAACAUCUGCAUGCAUAGAAAUAAAGGAAAGUGAGAAGAUCUUUACUGAGCUGAUCCGAUCCAUUGAGAAGAUCCACACUGAGGUUAUUGAGCUGAUUGGAGCUAACGAGAAGGCUGCAGUGAAUCAGGCUGAAGGACGCAUGAAGAAACUGGAGCAGGAGAUUGCUGAGCUAAGAAGGAGAAACGCUGAGCUGAAACAGCUUUCAGAGACAGAGGAUCACAUCCAUUUUCUACAGAAUUUCCAGUCUCUCUGUGCCCCUCCUGAAGCUGGAGACUUACCCAGCAUUACUGUCAAUACAGACAUCUCUUUUGGGGCUGUGAGGAAAGCUGUAUCUGAACUUAAAGACCAUAUUGAGGACUUCUGCAAAGGGGAAUUAGUCAAAAUAACCAAAACAGUGAAUGAAGUUGCAGUUUACAGUCUGCAGGCUCCAGAGCCAAGGAACAGAGCUGAGUUUUUAAAAUAUUCCUGUCAGCUCACACUGGACCCCAACACAGCGUAUAGAUACCUCUGUCUGUCUGAAGGGAACAGAACCGUGACACGGAGGAGAGAGAUCCAGAGAUAUCCUCAUCACCCAGACAGAUUUGUCAGUCGGUACCAAGUGCUUUGCAGAGAGGGUUUGUCUGGGACUCGCUGUUACUGGGAGAUUGAGUGGAGUGGGGAAUGGGCUUCUAUAGGAGUCACAUAUAAAGGAAUCAGCAGGAAAGGAGAGGAUCAUUCCUGUGGCCUUGGAUACAAUGACAAGUCCUGGAGUUUGUUCUGCUUUGGUUCCAGUUACACUGCCCGGCACAAUAACAAUGAAACUACAAUAACUGCCCCCCACUCCCCCAGAAUAGGAGUGUAUCUGGACUUUAAUGCCGGCACGCUGUCCUUUUAUGGCGUCUCUGACACAAUGACCCUCCUCCACAGAUUCCAAACCACAUUCACUGAGCCGCUCUAUCCUGGGUUUAGGCUUCAUUGUCUUGAUUCCCCUGUAACAAUCUGCCAGCUGAACUAGACUGUUUUGUGUUGUAAGAAACCCUUUGUAUUGAACUCCCUGUCUGUCCUCUCCACUCCUCGGGUGAAGGGAAUGUUCAAUCUGACACAACUUUGGAUGAAAGUUAGGGGGUAAAACGGCGCCACCUGCAGAGCGAAACGAGGGGAAUUAUUUGUUUUUAGCAACAAAUGGAUUUCAUACAAAGUAACUGUAUUUGAUUUCUUUUUUAAGAAUUGUUAUGUUUUAUAUAUAUAUUUUAGAAAAUGGCAUCCAAUACUCAGUGCUGUAACAGUUUUUAAAAAAGUGAACUUGUUUGCUUUAUUGUGUGUGUGUUUUUGUUCUUUGAGUUCCAUGAAAUGUUUGUUCUGUUUAUCUUUUCAGAUUUUAGUAAUGUGAUUUAAUAAAAAAAAUGUUAUUUGAUAAACUGUGACUUUCUUUUUAUUAAUACUCAUUAACAUGGCUUUUCAAAUGAGAAUGAAAAAGAAAGAGGUGAAUGAGAGAGAAAGAGGUCUGGUAAAGCAUAGGGAAGCAUUGUAAAGCACAGAGAGGUGUGGUAAAGCAUAGGGAAGCAUUGUAAAGCAUAGAGAGGUCUGAUAAAGCAUAGGGAAGCAUUGUAAAGCACAGAGAGGUCUGGUAAAGCAUAGGGAAGCAUUGUAAAGCAUAGAGAGGUCUGAUAAAGCAUAGGGAAGCAUUGUAAAGCACAGAGAGGUCUGGUAAAGCAUAGGGAAGCAUCGUAAAGCACAGAGAGGUCUGGUAAAGCAUAGGGAAGCAUUGUAAAGCACAGAGAGGUCUGGUAAAGCAUAGGGAAGCAUUGUAAAGCACAGAGAGGUCUGGUAAAGCAUAGGGAAGCAUUGUAAAGCACAGAGAGGUCUGGUAAAGCAUAGGGAAGCAUUGUAAAGCACAGAGACAUCUGGUAAAUCAUA